GAAGUGACGCGCCAUGUCGUACCCCACGAAGAAGCCGCACGGGAGGUCCUCAGGUUGGAGCCAGCCUCGGGCAGAUUUGCAGCCUCAUCCCUCCGUACGGAUGAAUACCAAUGACAGAAAGGGUGUUUGGCUAGAGCCGGUGGCGACUGAACAGGGCUCGACUGACCACAGCUCGACUGACCAGGGGUCGUCUGAGCAGGUCUCGAGUGCUUCCGCGGAGAGAUUCGUGGAAGUUGGCGGCCUUCGCCCGAGGGCCGAAAUCCAGGAUAUGAUCGCCCAACGGGGUAGCGCGAAGGCCGGGCUCCAGGGAAUGAUCGAUACCAAUCCCGUGUUGGUCAUCGCUACCAGCACCUGCCCGUUCUGCGUUGAGGCCAAGCGUGCCCUCGCCGGCCACGGCAUCACCGACCAUUUCGUUUACAUCGACCAGGAGCCCAACACCGCCGAGAUUCGGAAGGCCAUGACCGCCCUUGCAGCCAACCGCACUUCGGUGCCCCAAAUCUGGAUCAACCAGAAGCACGUCGGGGGCUGCGACGACCUCAAGGCUCUGGACAAGACAGGUGACCUGGGAGUUGCUCUGGAAGGGAUACCCCGCCCUGCUCCGGCGUUCGAUGUUGAGUCCGGCCCGGGCCUCGAAAAGUCGCCUGCAGACGUGAAUGCCGCGGUCAGUACGUACCCCGGCCCCACCGCGGCCUACUUCCCAAUGUUUCACGCACCCAUCUCCGUCGACAACCGCGCGGUGAGGCUCGGCGGGAGCCUGACAUCCAUCUUCGCGGCCGCGUGCGUGGUCUUCGCCGAGCGCUACGUGACGUCAUGGGUGGUGAGCUGAGCUGUAGCUCCCGGUGCGCUUGUUGGAUGCGUACAGUUUGAAAAUGUUGAGGGCUAAGGAUGGAACACGCACAAAGCGACAAGUCUCCGAGUGCCGCCAGCUGCAACCCUGCCCUCAGAGUCGGCACAAUUGAAUCGCGGGGGGGGGAGGGAGAGUGGAGCGUAAGAUGCCAGAGCGUUUGAGAGGUUGGAGCUGCCCAGCUUCCCUGGGGUGGCGGGGAGCGGGAGGGGCUGCGUCAGCAACGUCCAUCUUUAUGUUGGUGAUUGUGAUCACGUCCGUGCUGCGGGCCAUGACACUCGAUGUGUUGUUGUUGGAUGUGCUGUUCAAGGUGCCAUCCUUCCCUCAACUUUCCUCCAAUGCCUGAAGCAUCUGUGUGCGCAUUCCUACAUAGUUUUCAACACCCACCCACCCAUCCCGCGUUCCAGAUUUUGGGCAUGUUCGUCAGCAAAACCCUGGACAUGACGGGCUUGCCCGGCCCUUACGCCUUGCUCGUCAAGCUUCCUUUCGCGGGAACGAAGCCCAGGCUCCAGUGAGUGUUCCCCCUAGCAAGCGCCGUUCGACAAGCUUUGAUAUUGGUCAUCUCUCUCUCUCUCUCUCUCUCUCUCUCUCUCUCUCUCUCUCUCUCUUACACACACACACAGGCGCUCCCGAUACGUCAAAAGUUCAUCCUUCGGCGACGCACAACUUGAUCGUCUCAUGUCAUGCUUGGUGAUGUGCUCGGCCCACUACCUUGUGUCAUGUCCCCUGAAGCAGGCGCCGAAAACGCCUGCAUUUGAGUGCACGUUCUUUGUUGUGGUGUUUGCGGGCCUUUCGUAGUUCGGGUGUGUGAGCCUAUUGAGCAGCCCCUCUCAAGAAGUCCGGCAUACCGUACAUGGUGAAGAGGUACCGCAAAAACCUGAAAUGUUCGAGAGGAGUGGUGACGAAAGCGACGGGUGGCUCAAGAAACAGGCCAUGUGGUAGCGACGACAACAAAGGGGAUAACCAGGAACAUUGUAUGUACGUUGGGAGUACGAAUGUUCGCGCCCGGUUCUCUACCUGUUGCAGGGGAC